GGGGAGGGCUGGGAGAGAGUGCACAUUAUCUUUUUGGUCUUUUCUUUAAAAAGUGGGUCCAGGUGCUUCUAAGAUUUAUGGUCUGAUUUUUGUAAUGUAAUAUUCUUAUAGUUACUGCUGUUUCUUUUCACAAACACUUUUGGAGAUGCUAUGAGAGAGGGAAAGAUGGAACUUGAAGAGACGGAGGUUGAUACAUCACCUUCCUGGUCUCCUGUAUCUAGAGAAAGGCUCCUCACAUGCGCCAACCUUUCAGAUAUAACAGGGAAGAAAAGAAAACAAGACCCAAGUAGUGAUGCUGAGCAUUCAGCCCGAAUCUUGGAGGACUGUGAAGACGAUGACUUUCCCAUCAGUGACCACAUACAAGAUUCUGAGGGUCCAUGUAACAAAAGAGUCAAACCAGUAGAUAAAAGUGCUUUAGUCACUGGGAUUAUAGCACCUGUGAAGACCCCAGCACUGAAACGCUUGGGCCAGUCCAUACAGCGUUCUAUCAGUUUCCGGACAGAGGCCCGGCCGUUGCCCCCAAUGCCAAUAAGAACCCGUCAGAAGGCCUCUUCAUUUCCACGCCGUCGGAACAGCCAGCUGUGGAGUGAUACAGUUGACAGUCUGAGCCACGAGCUCAGUACCAAAGAGAUCAAGAGACAAGAGGUAAUCUAUGAGUUAACCCAGGGUGAGAAACAGCUCAUCGAGGAUCUAAGUCUAGUGAAAAAGGUGUAUUAUGAACCAAUGCUGAAAUUAGACAUCAUGACAGAAAGUGAGCUGGGACAGAUAUUUGGAACCCUUGACUCUUUAAUACCCCUUCAUGAAGAUCUUUUAGCUCGUCUUGAAGGUCUUCGUGGAGCAGAGAAGACUGUGCAAGAGGUCGGCCCGACCAUGAUGGACUGGUUUCCAUGUCUGGAGGCAUAUAUCACAUACUGCUGUAACCAGGUUGGGGCAAAAGCUCUGCUCGAUCAAAAGAAGCAGGACAGACGGGUCGAGCAUUUCCUGCGGCUGUGCCAGGAGUCAUCCUUCAGCAGAAAGUUAGACCUGUGGAACUUUUUAGACUUGCCUCGCAGCAGGCUGGUGAAAUAUCCUCUGCUUUUAAAGGAGAUUCAGAAGAGCACUCCACCUGAUCAUCCAGACGAGGAAGUGCUGCCACAGGCGAUGGAACUAAUCCAAAGGAUUAUAACAGAAGUCAAUCUUAAAACUGGAGAGGCUGAGUGUCAGUUUUACAGACGGGGGCUGUGCUACUCAGAAGAUAGCCAGAGGGUUUCAGAAAUCCAGGCAUCUCGUUUUUUAUACUGCCAUGGUGAACUGAAGAGUACUAAAGGACAGAAGCUGCAUGUGUUCCUCUUUGAGCUGGUAUUGGUUUUGACCCGACCAAUGGCCCAGGAUAGGGAAGGACCAGUCCAGUUCCAGGUGUAUCGUCAGCCCCUCCCAGCUGCUCACCUCCAUCUGGAGGACCUACCUGAUGGAGAGCCAAGCAGCUCUGGAUCCUUUCGUGGGGCUUUUACGGGCAAUGACAAAGUGAAGAACUGUUUUCGUGUGAGUGCCACGGGGCGCUCCAAGCCUCAAUCCCACAGCCUGCAGGCUAAUGACUCCUUCAAUAAGCAGCAAUGGAUUUCAUGUCUGCGCCAAGCAAUGGUCCAGUCACGGGACAGACAGGCUCAAAGCAGUCACUGCAAACCCUCCAAGCGUUUAAGCCCUGAGCCUGCACUCACUAACAACAUUGCUGAACUCAACCUUAACUCUGAUGUGGAGAUGCCAGACACAUAGACCAGGGCCACCGGUGCUUUCCAGUUCAAUGGUUCAUUCACAGACACAGAGUUUCACUGUUAUUGUGAGUGAGACAGCCGACUUUCUCAGGACAACACACAGUUGCUGUCUUGCACCCUGUCAAGAAACUGUGAAAAUAACGUCAUGUAGCUAUAUUUGUAUUCUUCACGUGGAUGUUUUUUUGUUGUCAGAUGUCUCAUAAGGAGAAUAUUUCAUAUUAGAUUUAUGCUUCUUGCUUAACCUGUUUCUUUUUCUUUUACAUUGAGAAUACUGUGUGAUGUUUCUUGAAUAUAUUUAAAUGACAUAAGGCUAUGGGCCAUGAGAACUAUCUCUCAGUUCCUCAUUCCUUUAAAUUGUGCCCCAUUUCUGUUUCAUAUAGUUAAUAAACAACAACAUUUGUGCAAUCUGAACGGUAAGAUCUUAGAUGAGUCCAGGAUUUUAGGCAUUGAAUUUUGGUAGCAUCAGAGCUAACAGUUCUGCAAGUCUUUCACUGAUAUAACCUGAAUAUAGCCAAAAUGCUUAUUUUCUCUGUAUUUACUAUAUUUAUGUUUUACCUUGAAAUGUCUGAUUCAAAAUUCAUUCUGAUGGUACAGUGAAUAAUAAGGCGAACGGCUUCUUUCCAACACUCACCUCAUAUCUCUGUUGUAGAAGUGUGUAAGUUUGGAGAGUGGGUAUGAAAUUUUGGCUAAAAGGCAGAUCGCUUUACUGCAGCAAUAAAUGCACGUGUACAGCAA